GUCAGUAAGAUCCUGGGUCUGUUUGCCUUGACACAACGGCACGCUUCUGUGUAAACGCCUCGGGGUGUUUACAGUACCGAUGGAAAAGUGGGCGUGUCAGCGCCGCCCCCAUCACUUAAAAACGGCUCACUCGAUAGGCUGGCUGAAUGUGACGGACAGCAUGAAACAAAAUGAGGUCAGUGUCCAAAAGGCACUUCCUCUCCAUUCCUCAUCAUAGUGCUCACAAUGAUGACACGUGCUAGUUCUCAUGUAUUUUGUUGAUCCUGCUAUAUGCUCACUCGGCUUAUGAACAAAAUGUUACUUUUAUACUUUUAUACUAUAAUAAUCAGGGCUCAUGCAAUGCAAGUUGUGUCCCAAAUCCAUUGCGGUUGCACAUGUGCACAUACAUGUGUAUGUGUACAUGCACACGUACAGGGAUUUAACUGUGAAUUCCCCAUUUGAAUCCAUAGGGCUGGAGGACAACUGGCCUUUUUGAGCAUCCAAAAUCGAUGGGGUGAAAUCAAUGGCUGUGUGCGGGACAUUUCCCUCAGUUCAUGUUAAUCUGUGUCACAUGAAGUAUCGCAGCAGAGUGGACGGGAACACGGUCUGUGAAGAGGGUUCUGCCGACCAACUAAAAAUAAAAAUAAGAGGACACAUACACAAAUACUUUUUAUCGGAAGGAAGUCGCUCGUUGCAGCAGAAAGACACGGACACAAAGUCAUUUAAAAGUCUAGUGGGGUGAAGGAGAAGAGUAAGAGUGAAAUGGCUGACUUCACUGAAGAGGACCUGGACAACUAUCUACAGAACCAGGUGGAUCUCAGACACCGGCAGGUUUUGAAAACAGUAGAGGAAGUGCAGAAGAUCAUUAAAGACCUGACCACUGAGAUCAGCAUCAAGGAUGGCCGCUUCCAGCCCAUCACCAACUCAGGCAUACACAGCGACAACGUCAAAGAUCAGCCGGCCUUAGUGGCCAAGUUGGCAACCCUACUGAGGGGCAAAUGUGCGAUCAACCCAGCUAUCCAGGUCCUCACGCCGACUUUCAUCCUGAUCUCCGUGCCCGUCCGGGGGCUGACGGGGUACAAGGAGCGGCGGACACGGCAGUGGCGCUACUACACGCUGAGCGGCUCGCGGCUGCUCUCGCCGGUCCGCGAGCCCGAGAAGCUGCACCAGUGGCUGGAGCUGGAGAGCUUCCACAACCCCGCCCAGGAGUGGCACGACGGCAGCGUCGCCAUGGAGGGCGACAUCGUGCCCGCCAAGGUGGUCAACGUCUUCCGGGAGCAGCUGAAGGCGGCCAUCAAGGCCUGUGCCUUGGCGAGUAAAGUCUGCAUACUGGAGACAGGGGGGUCUGUAGUCCGUGUUGCCGUGGAGACAUCAGAGGGUCAGAUAGAGGUGGAGCUGGUUCCAACAGUGGAGAUGAUGAACUGCUGGCCCAAAAAAGCUCGCUGGCCCAAACUGCUGAAACGGUGGCCCACUGCGGAGCGAGCGCGCUGCGUCAAGUCUUUUGGAUUCAACCUGAUGGCCACCUCCAACUAUCACUGGUUGCUGUCCUUCUCACGGGCAGAACAGGUGCUGCUGGGAGGCAUCGAUGAGGACGGGGGAUGCCGCAGGAAGUGCUAUCGCGUGAUUCGUCAACUGAAAGAGGAGGAGUGGUGUCCGGGCCCCAAGCCUGCCAUCACUGCUUACCAUCUACAGACUCUGCUGUUCUGGACCUGUGAGAAGUACCCCAGCACCAAGCACUGGCGGAACCUGAGGGAGAGCGUACUGCGCCUGGCCAAGAAGCUCCACAAGUGUGUGAGCCAGCGCUACCUCCGCCACUACUUUGUCCGCGGCUACAACCUGCUCAAGUACACCAACACCAACGAGCUGGAUGACAUGACCAAAAAGAUCUGUGAUUUCCUCAACAACCCAGGCAUUUACAUCCACUGAGCACCUGAUCUCCAGUGCACCCGCCAUCAACACAUACCAGCACAUGACAUUUACAUCCCUCUGACACCCAAACUUCAAACUGGAGAAAUGCUACAUUUGCUGAGCACUCAGCCUUCUACACUACUGCUGUUUAUGCACAGAUACAUGGCUUCCACUGAGCCUCCUCUCUCUGUCUACUCAGGAGAUAUGUACAGUAUAAUGACACCAUUACCUGCAUUCAAUAGUCAGCCCCCAACUCUUAACAUACUCUCCAUUGUCCACAGACAUGGAUCCAAACCACCAACUCCACAAUACCCUGUGAACAUUUUUGUGGUGAAAAGUCAGUGAAACAUUGUCCUAGUGUUGAGGUGAAAACCAAGCUACAUUUACUGUACAGGAGCAAUGCCUAAAAAAGGGAAAGUAUGUACUAAUCCACGUCCAAAUGGCUGUUGCUGUGGACUAUGAUUUCUCAUGGACAGACAAUGCUAUCCUUCAUCUGUCUGCUUUUAAGAAUUUUUCCUUAGUGAUGACACAUCUAACCUCUGUCUCCCUGUGCUGUAGCUAUAAUCAUCUGUGUGAGGUUGCCUGUCAGGGAAAGGGUUUGCUAAUAGCAAUCACGCACACAGCUGUUCCAUUCCAGCCCUUGUGUUGCAAUGCAUUUAAUUGAAAUCUCCUUUAAUUAGUGAGAUUCUGUCUGAACCCCUGUCCCCUAUAUGUUGAUUACAUGUUUGUGGGCAUGUGGUCGCUUGUGGCUUAAGCUCAGGGUAGUCAUGCACACAGCUGUUCUGUAAGAGCCCCCUGCGGUGUGCUGUGACUUAUUCUGACCAGCAGUGCUGCUCCUGAUUUAACUCAACACGCAGCCGUUACUUCUCUCAUCGUACAGAAAAAAGCAAGACCGGAAAUCCAUGUGCAUUUCUCAGUUUACUGGAAGGUUUUGGCCUCUGAAGCGUUCCUUAUGAAACACAACACAACUUAAUACUGUAAAAAGAAAAUGUAUAUGCUUCAUUUUUAGGGAUUAUAGGAGUUCCAAAUACGUUGUGUCAAUGUGUGUAGCUGCAAAUGACCUUUUAUUGAAUAUGAUAAUGUACAUCAAAUGAUAAAAUUCAUGUUAAACAUUGUGCACGGUAUCUGAUAAAUUAAGUAAAUAAAUGCAGAAA